UGUAAUUUCACACAUGUAUAGACUAAUUUUACACCUAAAUAGAGUAAUAUUAUAUUCUAGCCACCAUACGUUUACAUGUUAUUCUCCCUCUACCUUGCUUUGCUUUUCACGCGAAACGCAGAGCGACACAAAUACCCUCCUUUCGUCUCUCUCAUCUUGUUUUUCUUACUUGGCCUCGAUAACUGGCCCUGUCGUCUCCUCUUUUCUUGAGAAAAAAACUUUUUCUUUACCACAUAUACUCAUAUCUACAUAUCUAAAUUCUAUAUCUUUUAUGUCUUACCCCCUCUUCCCUUUCGCCCUGUCUCUAUCAAGAAAAAAAUAGUGUGUGUGAGUGAGUGUGUGUGGGUGUGGGAAUAUCCGGACUACAUUUUUGACUCUCAACUGUUUGCCCCUGUGGUUUCUUGAAAUUAGGGUUCUUGAAAGUUUUUCGUCCAUGAAUCUCUCGUAUUUCUCGGCGCCAUUGUCUUUGCAUGUCAUUUUAUGAUCUGGGUAAAUCGAUCCUCACCCCAUUUUAAAAAUCCGACCCGAUUUCUGAUCUGGGGUUCACUUCCUUUGUGCUUUACCGUUUUUCAAGAACACGCCCUUUUGAGAAUAAUGGAAAAGCUUGAUGCUUUGUAUCUUGAUGAGCUUAGAGUGUUUGAAUUGGGGGUGUAUAGGGAGUGUGGUUUAGCUCAUGAUGGGUUGUGAUUCUUUUUUAAUUAUUUAAAGGGGUUUGUGGUUGAGAAAUUGAAAUCUAGGGUUUUUGAAGAAAAAAAUGGGGGUGGGUCCUGAUUCUAUGAAAACUAGGGUUUUGAAUGUGGAUAAAUUGAAGGAAAGGAAGAAGAAAGAAGACGAGGUUAAUGAAACAGGGUGUUGGAUUAAGUUCAGAUUCUUUGGAAGAUGCAUAUCUUCAAGGUCUAAAGUUGAGAGCUCUAUUAGCGGCAGUAGCACUCAAUAUGCGGAAAGUAAAUCAACAAAUGACACAAGUACAGAUCAACCGGUUGUUCCAUGUGCAUCAUCUUCAACAACUAGCAAUGAGGAAAGCAAUACAUCGACUUUGAACAUAACAGAAGAACUUAAAAUUGCUUCUCAACUUAGAAAGUUUAAUUUCAGUGAACUUAAAUCUGCAACAAGGAAUUUUAGGCCAGAGAGUUUACUUGGUGAGGGUGGAUUUGGUUGUGUUUUUAAAGGAUGGAUUAAUGAGAAUGGAACUGCCCCGGUCAAACCAGGCACCGGUUUGACCGUAGCGGUCAAGACCCUUAACCAUGAUGGUCUACAAGGUCACAAAGAAUGGCUCGCGGAAGUUAACUUUCUUGGAGACCUCCUGCAUCCAAAUUUGGUUAAAUUAAUUGGUUAUUGCAUCGAGGAUGACCAAAGGCUGCUUGUUUAUGAGUUUAUGCCACGUGGAAGCUUGGAAAAUCAUUUGUUCAGAAGGUCGUUGCCACUUCCAUGGGCAAUGAGGAUGAAAAUCGCACUUGGUGCUGCAAAGGGUCUUGCUUUUCUUCACGAGGAAGCAGAAAGACCCGUUAUUUAUCGUGAUUUUAAAACAUCAAAUAUUUUACUCGAUGCGGACUAUAAUGCAAAACUUUCCGAUUUUGGACUUGCGAAAGACGGUCCGGAAGGCGAUAAGACCCACGUGUCGACUCGUGUGAUGGGUACAUAUGGUUAUGCUGCCCCUGAGUAUGUCAUGACGGGACAUUUAACAUCAAAGAGCGACGUGUACAGUUUCGGGGUAGUUCUACUGGAGAUGAUAACGGGUCGAAGAUCCAUGGAUAAAAACCGACCCAACGGAGAACACAACCUCGUGGAGUGGGCCCGCCCAUAUUUAGGAGAAAGAAGACGGUUCUACCGAUUAAUCGAUCCACGGCUCGAAGGAAGAUUCUCGAUACGCGGCGCACAGAAGGCGGCGCAGUUGGCGACAUUGUGUCUGAGCCGCGACCCGAAAGCGAGACCGCUGAUGAGCGAAGUUCAUGAAGCGCUGAAACCGCUCCCGAAUUUGAAAGACAUGGCGUGUUCGUCUCCGUAUUUUCAGGCGAUGCAAUCGGAAAGGACUGGAAGUCGGAAUGGAAAUGGGAAUGGGAAUGGAAUUGGGAAUGGUGGGGGGAAAGGGCAGGGGGGUAGGAGUUUGUCGAUUUCAAACUCGCCGUAUCAUCAGAAUCAAGCGUAUCGAUCUCCGAAACCUGGAAGAUAG